UCUUUGUGGGGAAUUAGCCUUUGGUUAUUGGGGUAUCAGGUUGGUGACUUGAAGGGAUUGAAUGCUCCCUCAAUUCAAUACUUGAACUUCGAUCCCCAAUACCUUCCUGUAACUGUGCGUGCCGGUAUUGUCAUCGGUCUUACUGCAAUGACUGAAGGGAUGGCAAUAGGACGAAGUUUUGCCGUAAUGAAAAAUGAACAAACUGAUGGGAACACGGAAAUGAUAGCUUUUGGUUUCAUGAACAUUAUCGGAUCUUUCACUAUAUGCUACUUGACAACCGGGCCGUUCUCGAAAACAGCAGUGAAUUUCAAUGCCGGGUGCAGGACAGCAAUGUCAAAUGUCAUAAUGGGGCUUUGCAUGAUUCUAACACUCCUUUUCUUGGCUCCUCUCUUCAGUUACACACCUCUCGUUGCUCUAUCCGCCAUUAUCAUGUCUGCAAUGCUCGGACUGAUCAAUUACAAGGAGAUGAUUCACCUCUUUAAAGUAGAUAAAUUCGACUUUGUCAUCUGCAUGACUGCUUUCCUAGGCGUCAGCUUCAUUAGCAUGGAUGUCGGCCUCAUGCUUUCCGUAAGAAUUUCUUCCACUACCUAGUACUGUAUGCUUCAUGUUUUUGAAA